AUGAGUAAGAACUCAACUCUGGCGCCAGCGGAUACGUCGCUAACAGACAUUCCCAAGGUAGAAUCGCUGGAAGUCAAGAAUUACAGCUUGGAAGGAAAAGUAACAAACCCAAGCGAUGCAAGACAGUCUUUGUCUUUGGGAGAUCAGGAAAUUGAAAUCAUUGACGAGGAGGAGCAGCAGCAGACGCAGCAAGAACAGGCAAUUGCCCCGUUGACGGGCACCCAGUUUUACGUCUGUUUUGCAGCACUGGCGCUGUCGCUUUUUUUGGCAGCAUUGGAUAUUUUGAUCGUAGGAACAAUUUUGGAAACCGUCGCUGCCAGGUUCAACGGCUACAGUCUGACUGGAUGGCUUGUCACCGGCUACAAUCUGCCCAAUGCGCUGCUGAGUCUUCUGUGGGGCCGGUAUGCCACAGUGGUGGGCUUCAAGUCCUCCAUGCUUUGUUCAAUCGUGAUUUUCGAGAUCGGCUCUCUCAUCUCCGCACUAGCAACGUCCAUGAACAUGCUCAUAGCCGGAAGAGUUAUCGCUGGUUUUGGCGGCAGUGGAAUCCAAACCCUGUGUUUUGUGGUAACCUCAACGCUGGUAACAGAUCGCACCAGAGGAGCUGCAGUGUCUAUAUUGAGCUGCGCCUUUGCAGUUGCCUCGGUCGUGGGGCCAUUUUUGGGCGGCGCUUUUGCUACCCACGUAACAUGGAGAUGGUGCUUCUACAUUAAUCUGCCAAUCGGCGCAGUGACCUUUUUUGUUUUCCUGUUUUCCUACAAUCCUGAUCGCGAAAGCACCCUUCAAAACUGCAGAGACUUUUUUAAGAAGGUGAGAAAAACCCCAUAUGGUCAAGUUCUGAAGCCCGAGUUCUAUCCUAAGCUGUUUCGCGUCGUGGUCUUCAAAUUUGAUUUCAUUGAGUUCGCACUAUGUUCUAUCGGUUUCACACUUAUUCUGGUAGGACUGACUUUUGGCGGUAACAAGUAUAAAUGGAGUUCCGGAUCCAUUAUCACCUAUUUGGUUGUUGGCAUUUUACUCGUAAUUGCUAGUUUGGUCUACGACUUUGUCAUUUUCGACAAGAUCAAACCCAAAUCGGACCAAGUGCCAUACAUGCCGCUGCUUUCAUGGAGAGUGGUCUCCAAACCAGGUGUUUUGCUCCCUAACGUUGCCACCUUUAGCACAUGCUUGGCUUACAACUGUCAACUUGUGUACAUUGUGCAGUAUUUUCAGCUUGUUUGGGGUGAGACACCUUGGAAAGCCAGUAUUCACCUGAUUGCCCCGGUCAUUGCCACUGUUGUAUCCCUAGUGUUCUGUGGUGGUAUUAUGAAGAAAACGGGCCAAAUCAAACCUGUUUUGGUUUUCGGCGGAAUAGCUGGGGCUGUGGGCUCAGGAAUUCUGACAUUACUCAGUCCAAGUUCUAACAGUUCAGCAAAAAUCGGCCUACUUAUUCUGCCUGGCGCGGCUUUUGGAAUCGUUAACAAUAGUGGUAUGCUAAGUGCGCAGCUCCAAAUUCCCAAAGACCACCCAUUUUUUAAGCUCGAUUUCGUCUCAGUAACGACUCUCAACGCUUUUACCAAAAUGCUGGCCGCUGCUUUUGGUGGUAUUAUAUCAAACACGGUCUUCACAACCUCAGCGCAUAACCAGCUUUCAAAAAUUGAUCCGCCACUACCUCAUAGCGGCUCCGUUAACGAACUUAUCAGCUACUGGUAUUCAAAUUUUGGAGGUAGAGGUUCGACUGAAGUGCGCAUAUUCAUGAAGUCCAUUAGGAAUGUUUUCUGGAUGUCUCUCGGGCUUUCCGGCUUGGCAACAAUCGCGUGUAUUUUUUGUUCAAACAAAAAGAUGGGGCUCAAUCAACCUAAGCCUGAUAAGGAGGCUAAUGAGAAAUAG